AAGGGGGACAUGAGAUGAACUUCUUGACAGUGUUGAAGACUUUAAAGACCAUGUGGGAUUUAUAUCAGUCCUUCAUAGCCGCCUGGAACACCAUGGCCGAGAAGCACAACAAACAGGAGGAAUUGGCCCAACAAAAAUUGAAACAGAAACAACAGGAGUUGCGAAUUAAUUCCAAGAAGCCGCCAAAGAUUGAGAGUAAAAAGAAGCCAGAGAAUUCUAAUAAAAAUCCCAAAGCUAAUUCGAAGCAGGCAGCCAAAGGUUCCACAACCAGCACCACAACAGAGGUCAGCAUAUCCGCCGAGGAGGAAGAGGAAGAACAGCAAGUGACUACUAGAAAGCCACAACAAUUGCGCAAAGCCAAAGAUGAACCACGCAAGGGAACAAAGGGAGACCGAAGUUUCCCAGCAGAUGUUGAGGGGUUGAGGAAAAGAAGAGCCGCAGCAGAGGAAGACAGUGGUACAGCUGGAGCUAGCACGACCGAUGUUGGUGAAGGACGUUACAUCAAGGGAGAUCCUUUGAAGGGAUAUUAUGAUUUUGUCAUCACCGAAGGAUCAUAUAAAUUUUGGGCAGCAUUUCAGGUUGGCACUGCCCUAUUGAUUAUUUAUUCAACAUUUGCCGCCAUUUACUAUUCAAAAGUAAAUCCUCUCGUAAGUGAUUACGAUUACACGGAUUACUUGGGUGGUGCUCGCUCCUUAUCGGGCGGCGAUCUGGACUUUGUCGAUGACGAGACAGCCGAAGGCAGUCAACAGCGGCACUCACAAGGAUGGUUCGAUUGGCUGCCACGUACAGGACAUUCAUUGAAGUUCAUAUUGGAUGCCAUUGAUAAGCUGCCUGUAGAUCACGAUGGCACUGAUGGCAGCAGUGCGUCGGAUGCCUUAAGCGAUGAAAAUCUAAAUGUCACAGAGGAUUUGAAUAAAAGUCGAAGCAACAAUGAAGCCAUGUAAAUUGAAUAAAG